AUGCGCACCGCGGGGUGGUGGGCCGUGGCCGGCGUGGCGGCCGCGCUGUGCGGCGUGCACGCCGACUCGAGGAAUCUCGUGGAUGUGAUUAGCACUCGCCGCGACCUCUCGCACUUUGUCCAUCUGCUGCAGCGCACCCGGCUGCUGCCUACGCUGAAUCGCAUGCAGGAGCUCGACGAGGGGCAGACGGGCAUGACGCUCUUUGCCCCGAACAAUGCCGCGUUCGAGCAAGCGAUGCAGGGUGACUCGCUACGUGCCGAGUUCUGGCGCCAGGCGCUCCAGGACGAGCCGUCGGACAAUAUCCACGCGGCGCUCCGCCAGCAGCUCUGGUACCACGUCGUGAACUACACGCUCUCCGAGCCCGGGAACGGCAUCGAACUGCACGAGACGCUCCAUUUUCCGUCGCGCAAGCGCCUCGAGGAGCCCACACGCCCGGGGCCGAUUCCGCAGCCGCCCAACGGGCCGCCGCACCCGGGGGCAGAGGAUCAAGGCGGACUGCUCGCGGGCUACGGCCAGCUGCUGCGCAUCGCCAAGGACGGGCGCACGACCAAGGUCGGCGUCGACGCAAAAGGUCGCGGCGGUGCCACAGUCACGGAUAUAGACCGCAGCUCAUCGCGUGGCGUCGUGAUGGUCACCGAUGCGAUCCUCGAUCUGCCGCCGACGCUGAUGGCGCUCCUGCAGACGGCGCCGCAGGUCGCGCGUGUCUUUUCGCAGCUCUCCAACAAGACACUGCACACACUCUCGACGACGGCACACAUGACCAUGUUCCUCCCGUCGGAAAAUGCACUCGAGGCUUUGUCGCCGCUCGAGCAGGAGUACAUCCACGGACAGUGGGCCGAGGCGGACGAGGACCGCCUUAAGCUCUUUGCGUGGCACGCGUCGAGCAUCGGCCUCGGGAGCGGCAAGGUGGGGUACGCGUACCGUCUGCGCGACGCACACGACGUGGACCUCACCACCGUGCUCGGCGGCGAGAUGCAUGUGCGGGCCGAGGACGGCACCAUUGAUGUCGGCGGCGCACGCGUCGUCGAGGAAGAUAUCCUCACGGAGAAUGGCGUGGUGCACACAGUAGACGAUUUGCACCUGCCGUUUGGCGACCUCGGCAUGACCCCGGAAAAGUACCUCUUGGUCCUCCGUGCAGUGCGGUUUGUGCGCUUGUUGCGUGAGACGGGCCUCGCACACUAUGUCAACCAGGAUCCCCACGAGCCGCCGCGCGAGGAGGCGCCGCAAGGCGCAUUUACGAUCGUCGCACCGUCCGACGAGGCGCUCGACCGCUGGCUCGACGCACAGCGCCGCAGCGCACUGGUCGUCCAAAACGCACCGCACCUCGACAACGCUGCGCCUGAGCCGGACAUGCACGAGCUGCGGCAGCUCCUCCUGUACCAUAUCCUCCCGGGCCACCUCCCAAACGGCACCAAGGAGCGCCUUCUUUCCACAGAGCUGCACACGCCCCAGCUCGGUGGCGGCGCACAGCGCAUCGUGCUAGAGCACACGGCGGCCAACACGACGCUCGGCGGCGUCGCGAUGGACUCGGCGCCGAUCUGCGCGGGCAAUACGACCAUGUACCUCGCGUCCGACGUGCUGCCGGUGCCGGGCAGCGUCGUAUCGGCCGCCGCAGCGUCUUCACUCACGACGUACGUCGCGGCGGCGCGCGCGUCGGGCAUGCAAGACACGCUGCGCACGGUGCCCAACACCACCUACCUCGUGCCCCACGACGAGGCAUUCGCCGAGCUCGGCCUCGUCACCAAGUACCUGCUGCUGCCGGCGAAGCAGAGCAGGGAGGACAUGGCAAACGUGCUGCAGUACCAUGCGGUGCGUGGCAUCCACUACAACGACACACUCGGCACGGAAUGGGCGCCUUUUUCGACACACACGAACGAGACGGUGCACCUGCGCAUUGCGCGCGGCCGCAUCGAGGCGCAGUGGGCCGAUAAGCACGUCGCGCAGUCCAGAGUGGUCGACCGCCUGACCGAGACGGGCGUGCUGCACAGCAUCGACCGCGUGUCCUAUCCCCCUGAGCUCUCGAUCUCGAUGGAGAAGCUGCUGCGGGCCGCAAACGCAUCCGAGAUGCUGCGCCUGGUUCGGCGCACCGGCUUCGACUGGGUGCUCGACCGCGAAGUGCCGCACGACACCGGCAGCCGCUGCGCGAAAAAGACGGUGCUCCUCGUGCCGACCGACGCCGCGUUUGCACGUAUGAACCUGACGCACUAUGAGAGCGACGAGAUGCUGCUUAGGACGCUCGUCGCGCAGCACAUUUUGCUUGUCGACGACUGCGGCAAGAAGCGGCGUGCGUCGCCGCUGCGCCUUCCCAUCUCGCUGCAGGACGAUGCAGUGCACGUCUCGCUCCUCGACAAGAGCGAAGGGGGAACCAGCCAGCACGGCGCGCUUGCGUUCCGGCGCGUCAGCCGCCCGAGCGCCGACGCGCUCGGCUACGUCGUGGGAGUGCUCGGCACGCGCGGCACGUCCGGCCACCGCCACUAUGCCCACGUCCUCGACUUUGGCUCGGUGUACGACCAAGAGGCGUGCCACGAGGCGCUGUGUGCCGGCGGCAUCUUUACGCUCGACGGCGUCAUCGAGCCGUACCUCCCCGGCUGGUUCUUCCGCUGGGGUUGGUUCUCACUCGUGGGGCUAUUGGGAGUUGUUGCAUUAUGUUCGGGCGGUGCGUAUGUGUACUUGUGCAUGCGUUCACGGGGAUACCGCCAGAUUCCCGAUGCACUGGAAGGGGAAGAGGAAUAG